AUGCGGAUGAGCUGUAAUGGAUGCAGAGUUCUUCGAAAAGGGUGUACUGAGGAUUGUAGUAUAAGACCGUGUUUGGCUUGGAUCAAGUCGCCCGAGGCGCAAGCAAACGCAACCGUGUUUCUCGCCAAGUUCUAUGGCCGUGCUGGACUCAUGAACCUCAUCAACGCCGGUCCCGAUGACCUACGCCCUGGGAUUUUCCGAUCGUUGCUGCACGAAGCUUGUGGGAGGAUUGUGAAUCCGAUCUAUGGUUCGGUGGGUUUGUUAUGGUCGGGAAAUUGGCAGCUCUGCCAAGCCGCCGUGGAGGCGGUGAUGAAAGGUGAACCGAUUACAGAGAUUGCUACAGACGCGGCGACGAGUGGCCAAGGUCCGCCGCUCAAGAUGUACGACAUCCGUCAUAUCUCUAAGGACCAGAACGCCGCCGGUAAGGAUACCGUGACAACCGAUGAGAAACGGGUGAAAACUCGCCGGUUUAAGCGGGUCUUGGCUUUUGCUAAACCGGCGGAGUCGGAGGGAAAAUCCGACGGCGGAGAGGCUAGCCAUGAGUCGUCGUUGAGUCACCAGUCUGAAGUUGUGGCUGCUCAUGAAGGAGAGAGCAAGGAAUCGGAGAGCAAUAUCUCGGAGGUGAUGACAUUCUUGCCGCCGGCUGUGAAGGUCUCCUCCGGCGAUGUUAAGCUUGAUCUAACUUUAGGACUCGAGCCGGUGUCACGUGCCUAUCACGUGGUACCUGUUAAGAAGAGAAAGACCGGCGUCUUUGGCACGUGUCAGGAACAGAAUGCAUGUAAGACUGAGCUUAUGCUUUAG